AUGCUCUCCUCCUCCACUCCCCUGCCGGCUGGUCGUGGGGCGGCCGCAUCGAACCGAGGCCGAGGCGCCGGUCGCGGGGCGCGCGGCGGGGCUGCCAAGAGCACUCCAGCUCGAGCGACCACACCUCCUGAAGCGAUAAUCGAACUGGAGAGCGAGCCAGCCGCUCUCUCAUCUCUCACACACGCCACUGGUACCGCUACGCCACUCUCCUCGUCCUCCGACCACCUGGCGACAGGUGGUGCUCGCGGCAAGAGGAAGUCGCCAAGCAGCUCCUCCUCAGGCAUACCACGACGCGCUUCCCACGACGUGUCAACGCUUCCUACGUCGCCCACGCCCGAAGGACCGGUGACUCGAGCCAAACGAGCACGGCGGCCGAAGCGACUCGACACGUUCGGCGGACCGGCCAGCCUCUCGUGGGCGCUCAAGCAGUGCCAAGUUUUGCUCAAGACACUGAUGACACACAAGUUCGGCUGGCCAUUCAACCAGCCGGUCGACCCGAUCGCUCUCAACAUUCCCGACUACUUCGACGUGAUCAAGCACCCAAUGGACUUGGGCACCAUCAAGGAACAACUGGACUCGGGGAGCUAUGAGACGGAAGAAGAAUUCGCUGAGGACGUGCGGCUGGUGUUCACCAACACGUUCACCUACAACCAACCGGGUUCCGACAUCGUCGUCAUGGCCAGCACGCUCUCGAGCCUCUUCAACGAGAAGUUCGAGAUCCUCAAGGCCAAGAUCGAGGAGCGGGGGCGGGACGCGCCGGAGGGCGUGGAAGAAACGCUCAAGGAACUGCGCGACUCGAUGUCGUCGGUGCAGCGGGAGCUGGAGCGCAUAAAGAAGACGCCGAACGGACGAGCCGGUCGCGCCGGUGCCGCUGAAGAUCAACGGCCAAUGACGUUCGAGGAGAAGAAGAAGUUGAGUCACGCCAUCAACAACCUGCCGAGCGACAACCUGGGGAUGGUGGUGAAGAUCAUCCACGAGCGAAUGCCCCAGCUCACGUCAUCGGGCGAGGAAAUCGAGAUCGACAUCGACGCGCUCAACCCGGCGACGCUGCGGCACCUCGAGCGCUACGUGCGAUCGGUCACCCAGCGAGGCCGACGACGCGGCAGCCGCACGCCGUCGCUCACCAGCUCGACGUCGUCCUCGAACAAUGUACAGAACGAACCCCUCGCACCGCAAGGCACACAGCAGAAGAUAGAGGAUGUCGAGCGACAAAUUAAGGCUCUAACCGAGCACCAGCAAGCGCUGACACAGAAGGGGUUGGCGAGAUCGUCCGGCGAAACCGAUCUCCUGCUGGCCGCAGCCGAAGAGAAGAAGAAGAAGCGAAACAACGACGACAGCGAUUCGAGCGAGUCGGAGACUGAUGGCAGCGAUUCGAGCGAUUCGAGCGACUCUGAGACGUCGGACUCUGAGAGCGACAGCGGGUCCGACUCGGAAUCCACCGACAGCGAGGCCGAGCGGAAAGACGCCGCCGCCGCCGCUCCAGCGGCAACGCCGACCGGCGUGGCGAGAACCGACGCGCCAGUAGUGACGACUCUCCCCUCCGAAGCGUCGGCCGCCGGCGAAUCGUCGUCGGAGCCCGCAGACGCGACGACCGCGGUGGUGGCGGGUGAAGUGGCGGCAGCAUCUGCCCCGUCACCAGCCACCGCAUCGGCAGGCGAAGAUGAAGGCACGCACUCAGAGAACGGGCUCGGGGCGAACAAGGCGGGGUCGGCCAUAUCGUUUUCCUUCGACCCUUCGCUGGGCACCAAGGAAUCAUCGAUCCUCCCUGCAGAGGUUGGGAACGGAGACGAGAGCUUACCGCAGGCUGCUGUUGCUAUCGACGACGCGCCUCCCAAGUCUGAAGCGCCAAAGCAAGUGGCGCUGAAGAACGUGGACGCGUGGAGCGAACUCAGCGACGAUUUUGAAGCCCCCACAGGAAAGCCCCAAUCUCCUCCCUCCCUCGACAAGACCUGGUCACAGUUCCAAACGAAGAAGAUGCAGGAUGCGAUCAGGGAAAAGGAACGAUUGGAGAAGGAGGAGCGAGAGCGCAAGGAGCGGGAGAGGCGGGAGGAGGAAAGGAAACAAGAGGAAGAGCGCCGCAGGCGAGAACACGAAGAGGCCGAAGUGCGACGCCGACGAGAGGCGGAGGAGGCCGAGCUCAAUGCCCAACGCGAGAGGGAACGCCAAAGGCAGGCCGAGCGCAUGGCGCGAGAAAGGGGCGAGCUGAGCAUGAUGGAACAGAGCCUGCUCAUGGCCUCGUUCGAGCAGCAGGCGGCGCCCGUGCUCCCCCUCUUCCAGUACAAGAGUCUGGACGACGUGGAGGCCGACUUUGGCGAUCUCGACGCGCAACCGACGAUGAACGGCGAGGAGGACCGCGCAGCCAGCAGCUACGGAAGCGACAACGGCCGGGGCUCGCUGGAGGGUGGCAGUAGGGGCGAUGGCGAAGUUGACAACGGGGAAGCGACGGAGACGGAGGAAGGCGCUGAGAUGGAGCUCUCUCCGACCGCUCCGCUGCCGGUGCCUGCCUCCGACGAGAUGGAGGAAGGGCAGAUCUAG